GUGAUGUACCAUUGAUGUUCCAACCCACCAUUAACCACCGCAGAAAAAGAAGACGAGGCUCUGUUGUAAACAUAAAAAACUAAGCAGACGAGAUGAGAUGAAGACAAUCUGAGCUACAGAAAACUGUACCUGACAAUCCUUUUGGAGAAUGACCUUUUAUUGAGAAAAUGGGAGGCAGCGGAUCCAAAGCCAAAGGAGUCUGGCCUUUUACCAGUUCCGGGGCGAGUGAAGACUCCCCUGAGGUCAGCGAACAUUCAUUAGCCCGAUUCUGUGGCUCUAAAACGGCAACCCCUUUUGUCUUCACAAGGAGGAGCUCUUUGUAUUAUGAUGAGGAUGGUGAUCUGGCUCACGAGUUCUAUGAGGAGACAGUGGUGACUAAAAAUGGACGGAAGAGGGCAAAGCUAAAGCGGAUCCAAAAGAACCUCAUACCUCAGGGAAUAGUGAAACUGGACCAUCCACGAAUCCAUGUUGAUUUCCCAGUGAUUCUUUGUGAGAUAUAAAGACACAAACUUGGGACUGCUGCACCAGUGAAACUUUGAACCUCUUCAGCUACCAUCCUCUCUAUGCCAAUGAGCAUUGGUCGCUUGUAGAGUGAACUAGGCUGCCCUCAUGUGGUUGGGAGGACACACAGCACUUAAGAGCAUCUGGUUACUAGGGACAGAUUUGCAUGUUGUAAUGUAAAAUUCAAAAGCAGAGUAAACCAGAGUUCUGUCCGACACAUUGCUGUUCUGCUAGUCAGUAGACUUACAGUAGAUUUACUACUGCCUUUUGUCAUGCACAGGUAUAUGUGUGUAGUCAGAGUGAGUGAAUGAGAAUGCAGGGAUUGUAAAUAUACCCUGCACUGUCAUUUGUUGACCAAGUGUGGGGUGUAUUUUAUCAUUUUAUUGUAUAUAAGUGCUAUAUAAUGUGGGAAUCUUUUUGCUAUUGUAUCGUAUCUGCACUAGCUAUUAUUUGAUGUACAAUAAGUUAUAAAAGUUGACAUACACAAAUAAAAUGUUUUCUCAUGCAGACUGGUUGCAAUUGUGAAGAUGCACCAGAUGUGUCAUAAAAACCAAUUAACUGUG